AGCUGAGCUCCUUACUCGCUUUUCACCCGCACACUCGCCAACCCACACCCAUGCCUGCCCUCAGACACGCCGCAGCAACACUUGCCCUGAACCGGUGUGUGUAGGCGUCCAAUCAUCUCUACACCAAAACAUUGCACUCCAGCAACAAGAAUAGCCACUUGCUCUCUCACUCCGCAGGACUGAGACACGCUCCGGUUCUCGUGAGCGAUGCCUGCUUAGUCUGUGUAAAAGCUGCCGAUGGGAGCACGCUGGGAGAAAAAGAGCGACUCCCAGCCCUAGACCUAGACUCCGUUCCAAAAAGCAGCAGAUGUGACAGAAGAGAAGAGGCGGAGGGAAAGAAACUAAAUCUCCCUCACCCCUCCUUCCUUCAUCUGGGAGAACAAUACCCAGCCUCCAGUUGGAGAGGGUCAGCUUUUGUCCCUCUCCCCACGCUCCCACUGAAGAGUGCGGGGGCAGACAGACGCGCUGACACAUUGACCUGCUGCUGUGAGAGGAGAGGACCGAUGCCGAAACACUUGCUGCACUUUGCACCGUUUGAUUCAGUACUUGGACAGCUCCUGAGCGACAACCAGCGUGAGUGCUUUUGUGUAUUUCCAUGAGAGACUCCUCGACCGGUCUGGUUUGGAGACUGAGAACCACAGAUGCAGCCCCCAUGUUCACUCCAGCUUGGCACCUGUGGCCCCCCUCCAGCCCUGGGAUCACAGCGCAGUGUUGCCGGACUACAGCAGCUGGAGGAGAAGCUGCUCUUUGAGAAGUUUUGGAAGGGGACUUUCAAGGCUGUGGCCACCCCGAGACCAGAGAGUGUCAUCGUGGCCAGCAUCACCGCCCGCAGAAGGGUGACUGACUCAGAGACGACAGCCUGCCAGCCACUACAAACUGAUGAGAGGAAAGCGGCGGACUCCCGGGUGGACACUGCUGACAGAAAUGGCUGCAUCAAAGGAAAAGGACGCAAACAUCACAGUCAUCACAGGGCUCGGAGCCCCUUCUCAGAUGAGGAUCUGUCCCCUCGGCCCAAGGGGAAGAAGAAGAAGAGGAGAAAGUCUGAACGGAGGAGGAGGAGAGAGAGGUCUCCUUCCCACAGCCUGUCACCCCUGAGGAAGAAGAAAAAGAAGAAGAAGAAGAGCUCCAAGAAAAGCAAGCGGCAUAGGUAUACCUCCAAGAAGUCCAAACACAGCUCUUCAAGUUUAAAACAUAAGAGGAAGGAUGAGCGCAAGCACAAGAAAAGUUCUCGGACUCACUCACGUCGGAAGCGACGCCAUCGGAGGUCAGAAUCAGAGACUUCUUCCUGCCAAUCUUCCACAGAGGACAGACACCACCUGCAGAAAUCUGUGGUUCAUCAGACUUUAGGAGAGCUGGCAGCUGUAGUUGAUGAAACCAAAAGAGUGCUUGACCACACAGACAUGAAAUGGAGACCUGCAACCAAAUCAGUGUGUAAAACGGCUCCAAAAUAUCGCUCCAUCCUCUCAACCGCCACCAUUAUGUCAUCAAAACCUGCAGGGGAGCUCUUAAGCGGAAUCAGGUCUCACGAUUUGUCGAGCCAGAUCGAAGGUCCACAUGAUUACGAUUCUGGGAAUGACACAUCUUCACCACCGUCAAGCAAAACUGGAGUUUCUAGAGCAAGUGUCAGUGACAACAAGGGGAGCCACUGUCAACGUCUGGCAUCUCCAGAGAAGCUGAAGUUCCCAGAAAGAGACAAUGUCUCUGAUUCAGGAAACUCAGUGACCAGCUAUGCUUCCCUGUGCAGACCUUACGCAGAGGAAAGUUUGUCUGCAACCCUCUUCAGUGCAAACGGCAAGAGGGAGCAGAUAACCUUGGGGUGUCGGGUGGAAGUGGUGAGAUCUCCAAAGACCUCCGGGUGUUCACAGAGGAUGAGCAAACCGUCUCGAAGGCGUCUGAAAACUCGGUCAUCCAGCAGCAGGAGCAGAAGCAGAUCCUCCGGGAGUUCCAGAAACUCCAGACGCUGCUCCCGAAGCCUGUCACUGUCAUCCUGCAGCUCGUACUCGCGCUCACCGAGUUAUUCAGCUGAUCCAAGACGACGAGGCAGCGUGGCCAGCCUGAGCUCCAGAGGAAGCUACAGCAGAUACACUCCUGACAGACUACGUGACAGAAAGAGAAAACAGAGCUCCAGAGAGACAGAUGUGAAGCAUGCACACAAGGUUAGCAGGAAGAGACAAAGACGCAAAUCCUACUCCCCCAUGAGGAAGAGGAGGAGAGACUCGCCGAGCCAUCUGGAAGCCCGUCGUAUCACAAGUGCCAGGAAGCGACCCAUCCCUUAUUUCCGACCAAGCCCUUCCUCCAGCAGUAGGUCCACCAGCGUGUCGUCCUGGAGCAGCCUCUUCAGCCGCAGUCGCAGCCUAAUCCACAGCCUCAGUCGGAGCCGGAGCAGAAGCAGAAGCCACAGUUACUCCUCCUACAGGACCUACAGCCGCAGCUCAUCCUGGAACUCAAUCUUUGGAACCCGGAGUCGCAGCAGGAGUCGGGGUUCAUUGCACAAACGCAACAAAAACAGGCAUUAGGGUUUCUCAGAGAACAUUAAGGGACUGAGGCGUUGGUCGCGUUUCCAGUUGAGAGCGGGAUGGUCGCUGGAUGUCUGAGCAAUCGACUGUGAGCGUCCGUUUUGACGCUUGAGUGGAAAUGUCCCAGCAGGGGUCUGAGCACGUCUUUCAUUGAUGCAGUCUUGUUCUCUCUGCCCGCAGAAACCGCUGGAGACUGGAUGUCUUUUUGUUUGUUUGUUUUGUUCCUGUGCUGCAUCCUCCUCUUGCAUCAGCACUCACACAUCCUGAGACUGUUCAGCUCUUAGAUACUUACAAAAGAAACUGCACAGACUCCUGAAUUUGAUUAACUACUGCAGUCAUUUGUUUUUAUGUUCAUGAGCCUUUCACGGAUAUGAUUUCUACUUAAAGCUUGAAAUAAUUUAAAGACAUGAUAUUUAUUUUUAGAUCAACUUAAAAAUGGUGCAUAGAUAGGCCUGAGUGUACAAAGAAAUGUUGUAAUUGCUUAGUUGUGUUGAUUUUGGGUGUUCAAUAUACAAAUCAUUUUAGUUGAUGGACGUGCAGAUGCACCGAGGGAAGCCUUUUCAAGUUUUCAAAGGAGAUGAGAUAUUAACUGUCCCUUGUCAGGUCUCCAUGUAUUAGAUCUAGUGCAGCGAUGUGAAGUAUUGAAGUAACAUUUGAGCCGUUUGAUCCAAGUGUAUACAAAUGACUUCAGAGGGAUCGUUAUCAGGGAUACGGAAAAGGUUCAUAGCUCUGAUCUUGACACUUCACAAGGCUGGGAGAGAGAAAAAAAAAAAAAAAAAACAGAAACUCUGAAAAAUGAAACAGCAAGGGUGGCCUGACGGCGAGCAAACUGCCUGUCAGCUCAAAUGUCAAAUUAAUUUAUCCUCUGAUCAGGUGGAAAACAAUUGAAAUGUCAGUCCAUGUAGUACAACUGUGAGCGAUUGAAACAUGGUGCAGGGAAGAAGAGGGAGGGGGAUUUCUUUUGACAAAAUGUCCACAGAGUCAGAUGAGGUUUUCUCACUGACAACUCACGGGUAAUUAAACAUGAUGAAGCUUUUUGGGUAAAGGGUAUGUAGUGUUCAAUAUAACACACUUUUUUUUUUUUACAUGAAUUGUCAUCUGGUAGAGUCUGUAUGUGAACAUAUGUCAGUCUUAGUUUUCAAUGUAUAGUUUUGAUUUAUAAAAGAUGACAAACUGGUACCUCACAUUGUUGCUACAUUUAAAACCUUUCGAAUAGCGUCGACUGACCUCAAUUUAACUAUGUUUUCAACACUGGAACCAGACACAUACACUGGAAAUCAACCAUGCUUUAUUCUUGAAGUACGUCUGAAGGUCAAGUUAUGAUUUGCGCUGCAUCAUAUUACUUAUUUAAUAUUUAUUGUUUCUCUCAGUAGCGCUCAGUCUUUCUAUGCAACACUGUCAAUUUAUAGUUGACACUAUCAUUUAUUUUCGGUUUGUAUGUGUUGUAUUUGAUAUUUGACACCUUCUCUCGCUCACAAACUUUAAGUAGAAGCAGGUGAUCAAAUGAUGAAGGAGCAAAAGUAGGAUUGCAGGAAUUAUCCACCCUUUACCCCGAUACGAUACAGGAGGUAAAUAAUGCCACCGUUUAUAUCACUCUCAUAUUUGUCUGUUGAAUAUGAAGCUACAGCAGCAGGCUAACUUAGCUUAGCGUAGUUAAAAACAAAAGACAAGUGGAGGGCUUGCUUUUCUCUGUCAAACGUGUUUAAGGGAGUUCAGCAACAUGAGGGAAGAACAAGACAAAAGAAAAGGAAAAUGCUUAACUAAACAAGAACAACACGUGACAAGAUAAGACUGGUGGCACUUAAGUGAACUGCAGUCAGAACCCUGUUGUUUGCGGUGGCGCCAGGUAGAUUCCUGGCAGACAGCCAAAACAGGGAUGUGACACUUGUAAC